UGACAAUGUUACGUCACUAGACUAAGCAGUGUUUCUAGCUUCGUUUUUACAACAACUGAGAACUAUCUAGACGUGUUAGCUAAGAUUUUCGGACUAAUUUGAAGAUGGUUUGCGAGAAGUGCGAGAAGAAGCUGGGGCGAGUCAUUACGCCUGACACCUGGAAAGAUGGGGCUAGAAACACAACAGAAAGCGGUGGUCGAAAGCUCAAUGAAAAUAAAAUGCUCACGUCAAAAAAAGCCAGGUUUGAUCCGUAUGGGAAAUCUGGCUUUGCCACAUGCAGAAUAUGCAAAAGCUCUGUACAUCAGUCUGGUUCGCAUUACUGUCAGGGAUGCGCUUACAAAAAAGGAAUUUGUGCUAUGUGUGGGAAGAAGGUUCUCGACACAAAGAACUACAAACAGACUUCGGUUUGAUUCGUUAUUGCUUGAUGGAGAUUCAUCUUUAGCUAAGAAGGGGAUGUUUGUGGAUGUAUGUGUUGACUCUUCCGAGUGUUGAGAAUGAUCACUUGAGUUCACAAAAGAGUUUUGAUUGAAGCGUUUUGUGGUGCAAAAGGAGUGCACUAGUUCAUGACUGUAUUUAUAUAAUAUGUCGGUUGUAUUUUUUCUCUCACUAAACAAACUUAGAGCAAUAUAUUGGCUUGUACUGUUUGGACAAUGUAGAUGCCUUUGAGUACAUUUGCUGGGGAACAUUCUUUGAACAUGUUCUUAUUCAUUUGUAACCUUUUCUUUUAAAGCAAAUGAUUUAUUCGUUUUAAUGCUACCAAACAAGAUGACAGUGAUUAUGCCAUUUAGUUUAAACGACUUUUCUUAGUGAUAAUCUAUUGGCUUUUUUUUUCUUUUCUUUUUUUGCCGUUUGACCUUACCUAGACUUUGACUUUUUAAUGUUAUCUCUUCCCUCAAUGACGGAAAUAUGAAUACAUCUAUCUUGUUUAAAGCGAUAUAUCCUCUACUGUUUUCACUAUCCUGCAUCUGUGUAAAUUAAAUAAAAUAAAGUGUAAAUAUGAAACAAAUAGACAGUGACAUACCAAUAUAGGACAGCUACGUUCAGUGUACAGUGAUGUUUAUGGUCUGUUCCCACUUUGUAUUGUUCUCCCAUUGGUUCUUUUUGUCAACACUGAUCCAGAUAUUUGUUGUUUCCUUUUUAGUCAUAAUUUAGAAUUAAAUUUCUUUUGGAUCCACAUAAUUGUAUGAUAUUAGGGUUUGUAGAAAUUAACUGUUGUGGAUGCUCUUACGUAUUUUUUUUUUUGACAAUUCACAGCAUAGCAAUACAUAGAUUCUGUAUAACAUAAUUUCCCUAAUAUCAGUUAAAUUAAGAAUGAUCUGGGACACCUAUUACAACGUGAGACUGUUUUUACAUCUGUAAAUAUUUAUUGACAAAUAAAAUUGUGACAACA